AUGUAUGACCCUGAAAGCAACACAUCGAUCACAGCAGCAGCAGUCAACCAACAGACUGAGAGUCUCGGCGUCAACACACCUCUGACAUCUUCUGGCACCGCUUCCAACAACUACAACCACGAAAUUAUCAGCGAUGAGAUUCGCAAGCUAUUCGAGAUAAUGAACUAUGUUGUCUUGUCUGGAACAGUCAGUUUCAUCGGAUCUGUCUGCAACAUUGUCAAUGUCGUUGUCUUCAUUAAGCAAGGUUUAACCGAACCUGUCAACAUAUCACUUCUGGGGUUGUCCCUCUCGGAUUUAGGGGCUCUUGUUACACUAGUCUGGAUGAGCGUGUGUUUCAAUCCCUUGUUUGCCAACUCAGGGAUCGGGUUUGAUUCAGUCAGGGUCCAGUACCUUACAGCAGGCUGGCCUCACGUCUGCUUCGCUAGAAUUACGUCUUGGAUCACUGCUUUCAUCACCUUUGAACGAUGCUUGUGCAUUUCUAUGCCUCUUAAAGUGAAAACAAUCAUUACCCCAAAGAGAACCACAUGCACCAUCGUGUGCAUCUUCGCUGCCAUGUUAUCCAGCACCUGUCCCGUCUAUUACGCUAUUAGACUCGGAACUGUCUAUGACUUCAGCACCAAUACAACUCUCACGUCUCUCGUAUAUAGAUCGAACGGAAUACAGAUUGAAAAUAUGUCUUUCGCCAUCAACUUUGCCGCUCAGUUAAGUUCAUUUGUGCUUGUGAUCGUCUGCACGGUGAUUCUUGUGCAGACUCUUCGUCGUAAAAGUAGAUGGCGCAAACAUUCGGCCAACAAGGACACGGUCACGCAGAGGGACAAGCGACUUAUCAAGAUGAUCAUUUCUCUGUCCAUCGUUUUCAUCAUCUGUUUCCUGCCGAGCGCCGUUAACCUGGUGGUCAUGAUGUUGAUCCCAGAAUACAGUAUCACGGGUACACAGGCAGUAAGUGACUGUUUGCUGGCUUCUAUGUUCUUCCGUGACAUGGGCUGGAGUCUGGGUACUUUCAUGGUAGCUUACCCCAAACAUGGUGAAGCCGGAAUCCCCGAGAAAGUUCAGUAUUUUAGGGGUGUUACGGUUCGAAAUGAACACCGACUAACCCAAUCUGUGUUUGAGGUGAGCUUACAUGAAAGUACCGGAGUCUGCUAUCAGUGUAAUACAAUACUGGGAAGUGGGGGGGGGGGAGGUGCAAUGAACAAAGCUGGCAACCAAACAAGCAACAUAUUCAUAUGUGGUUUGGUAAAACUGUAA